AUGAAACUUAAACGCUCUUUGCUCGAGACCACAACAGCAACUCCUUCUACAAUGGGUUCUGAGAUCAAGCCCCCUGCCUCAGGCAUCCUGACCAGCCCUGAUCGUCUCCGCAAGAUUGAUCAGUUGCGCGAGAAGAACAUCGAUGUCAUCUUGCCAUUGCCUACAUUGGUUGCGGUCGGUGACCAAAGCUCUGGCAAGUCUUCGCUGCUCGAAAGCGUCACUGGCAUUCCGUUCCCUCGCGGCCAGGAACUUUGCACCCGUUACGCGACCCAGAUCACCCACCGUCGCGAUCCUGAGGUGCAGAUAAUCAUCACCAUUAUCCCUGCCCCUCAAAGCACUGAGGCGGAAAAGAUCAGUCUCAGGUCUUACCGCAAGGAGCUUUCCUCGACCACCCAGCUCCGUGAUCAAUUUGCCAAGAUUCUUGAUGAGGUCAACGUUUACAUGAAGAUCAAGACAGACAAGAACCCUGAAGGAGAAAAGACCUUUUCUAGGGACAUCUUGAAGAUUGAGAAAUGUGGCCCCACCGAGGACUAUCUCACCGUCAUCGACGUUCCCGGCAUCUUCCGCCUGACCUCCAAAGGACAAACAACAGAGGGUGAUCGCAACCUUGUUCGAGACAUGGUCACCGGCUUUAUCAAGGACAAACGGACCAUCAUCCUCGCCGUCUUACCUGCCAAUGUGGAUGUGAUGACGCAGGAGAUCCUGGCCCUGGCCGAACAAUACGAUCCGGAUGGAGAGCGCACCCUGGGUGUCCUCACCAAGCCUGAUUUGGUCAUUGAGCGCAGCGCCAAAGAGGCUGUUUGCAAUCUCGUCGCUGGAAGGAAGAAAGCCCUCAACCUCGGCUACUACCUUGUCAAGAACCGUGGUGGUGACGACGACGAUGACUCUAAAGAUGACUCGGGUAUUCGCCGGAAAGAAAGAGAUCUCUUCCAGCAGAGUCCUUGGUGUAACUUGCCGCAGGAGCGCGUGGGAGUUGCAGCACUUCGUGAGAGACUCCAGGAUCUUCUGGGUGAGAUCACGGACAAGGCGUAUCCAGAACUUCGCUCGGAAGCGCGCAAGAAGCUCGCGGAGGCUCGGGAACAACAAGAUGCUCUUGGCCCUCCGCGACAGACCGAGCGCGAGCAACAGCAGUAUCUUGCUCAAAUCGCAGCCAAAUUUCAGCAAAUCGUUCGUGCGGCUCUCGAAGCCAAUUAUUCCAGUCAUUCAGCGUUUGAUGAGCAUGGCUUGAGGCUCAUUACUCAAGUAGUAAGUAUCACAGACACGUUCAACACCCUAAUGAGAAAAAAGGGCCACACAUACUCUUUCGUAAAGGUAAAAACAAGGGACUCGGACGAUAAAUUAGUGAAUAGCGAUGAUGACAGUGAGGUCGACGAUGGCAAUGAAGAAGACGACGACCCAGCCUACGAUGGCGAGUAUGAUGGCGAGUACGAUGGCGAGUACGAUGGCGAGAACGAUGCCGUGCACAGCGAGUUAGCCAACCGCGGCACAGUUAUUCACAUUCCUCCUGAGUUGGAGAGCUUCACCAACAUCGUGAAGCAACCUAUAAUCACGGUCAAACAAGACAAUAGCAACUGGAUCCGCAACAUGUACCUCGAGUCUCGAGGUAUAGAACUCGGCACCUUCAGUCCCAUCGUCCUUGCCAGCGCCUUCCGGGAUCAGACAACCAACUGGGGUCUGAUAACGGAGCACUACAUCAGUCUCAUAAUUUCAAUCAUUCACGAGUUCACUCUAUCUAUUCUCAAUACGAUUUGCGCGGGUGAAAAGUUAUAUGAGGCGAUCAAAUCUAUCCUCAUGGAUGACCUACUGGCGAGAUACGCGAAGGGCAUGGACUAUGCCAAGUAUCUGGUCCAGGUGGAACGCGAGAAAAAGCCCUACACCGUCAACCACUAUUUCAGCAGCAACCUUCAAAAGGCUCGUGGCGACCGGGCCUCCGAGGCCCUGAAGAAAAAUUGUUAUUGGGAUGAUCACAGUGGCGCCUAUGCCGUCAAAUUCGAACACAUCAAGACAGCCGUCACCAACAAAAGCAACCAGGAGCACGCCCAAGAUGACAUCCACGAUAUCCUCAAGAGUUACUACAAGGUCGCUCGCAAACGUUUCGUCGACAACGUCUGGCUCUAUGCGGUUGAUCAUCACUUGCUGUCUGGACCCAACAGUCCCUUGACGCUCUUUUCGGAACAGUGGGUGUUGGGAUUGGAUGAAGACUCGUUGAAUGCUAUUGCGGGCGAAUCUCGCAGUACCAGAGACAAGCGAAAGGAGUUGACCAAGAAGAUUGCGGAUUUGGAGGAGGCGUUGAGGAUUUUGAAGUAG